AUGUCGAAAACAUUCAAAGCCAUAAGAGACCGGACAUAUACAGGCGUAGGUGACCUCAUCAGGCUCCUCCCAACAGGAACCGUCUUCUUGUUCCAGUUCUUAAACCCUGUCCUAACCAACAACGGACAUUGCCUCCUCAUCAAUAAAUACUUCACUGGAGCUCUCAUCGUUAUCUGCGCUUUCUCUUGUUGCUUCACUUGCUUCACCGAUAGCUACCGAACAAGGGACGGUUACGUUCACUAUGGAGUCGCUACCGUGAAGGGUCUCUGGCCUGAUUCGUCUUCGAAGGAUUUGUCUUCGUAUCGGCUGAGAGUUGGAGAUUUCGUUCACGCUUUCUUCUCUCUUAUCGUUUUCAGUGUUAUCUCCUUGUUGGAUGCAAACACUGUUAACUGUUUCUAUCCUGGUUUUGGCUCCACUGGGAAGAUCUUUCUCAUGGUUUUGCCUCCGGUGAUCGGAGUUAUCUCCGGCGUUGUCUUCACGGUGUUCCCUAGUAGACGUCAUGGAAUUGGGAAUCCCUCGGAGAACAAUGACGACAAUGCGUCCGAGAUAGAGAAAUGA